AUGUCGAUUGAUUCUCCUGGCAUCCGACCACUCUAUUUAAUAAUUUCUAUUCUUCUCUUCAAUUAUGGUGUUAGCAAAACUCUGAUUUCCGAUUUAACCUUAUCUGCCAAUUUAUGCGCUAAUAUUACAAUUACGAAUCAAUCCUAUGGUGUGAUACAUAGUUUAAAUUUCUAUUCAGCUCAAUCUCAACCACCAAACAUAUCUUGUUCAUGGAUAAUCACCAAUUUUCAAGCCUCGCAAUGGUCAAAUUAUAUACUCUCCUUGCGCGUCAUUGAAGUCGAGAACGAUCCCACACAUUGGUCGAAUGAAUUAACAUUUUGGACAGGAAAUAAACAGAUAUCGGUCGAUGAUAUUAACAAACGAAUGUAUUUACUACCAUCUUCAUCUUUGAAAAUCUUCUUUCGUACGCGAGCGCCUCUCUUACAAACAUACAAUCCCUAUAUACGUACGAAUUUACGCAUUCGUCGAUUCCUAAUUGAAUUCGUCCAUAUCAAUAGUGAACAUUCGAAUGAAAAUUAUUUUCAAUGUCGUUCAAGUGGAUUGCGAAUUCCUAAACAAUGGAAAUGUAAUUGUAUAUACGAAUGUUCUUAUGAUGAUCGAAGCGACGAGGAGAAUUGCCCACUAUGUCCAAUGUAUGAACCAUCAACUAGUUUAUUGUGUCAAUCGAACGAAAUUUGGUGUUUGCCGAAAGCGUCCAGGUCAUUCAGUGACAAUCUUAUUGAUUUAGAAUAUGAUGAAGACGAUUGGAUGCAAUCACAUAUUAGUUACAGUCGAAGAAUCGAUUCGAAGGGUGUUUGUGUACCACGUGAUGGAUAUUCUUCGUGUUCUUAUUCGACGAAAACAUCGAAUUGUGAGAAGAUACUGGCAUGGCGACAAGACUAUGGACACAUUUUGUUGGAUGAGGCUCUCUUAAAUAAAUAUCAAUCUUUAUGUUUUAUAAUCAUUGCAAAACAAGAAUACAAAAUCAAACUCAACGUCAAUCAUGAUGAGCUUUUUCAAAAGCGAUCCGAUCUUGAAUUUCUUAUCUAUGAUGGAAGUGUAGAACAAGAUCAAAUACUAACAUCAUCGAAUUGGUUUUUAAGAAAAGAUAUUAUUCAAACGAAGAAUCAUCAUAUAGCUACGAUUAUUAUUCGAAAGCGUUCGGUAAAACCCAUUGAGAUCAAUGAUGACGCUCCAGCACAUUUGGAAUUCAAUCAAACUUAUCGCACAAUUCGACGACGUGAGAUCGAUUCGAUGGUGUUGAACAUAACAUGGCUAACAAGUCUUUGUCCUGAUGAUCAAAUGCUUUGCGGUGGACAUUUUGAGACAAAAUGUUACACAAAAGAGCAGCGUUGUGAUGGUUUUUGGGAUUGUAUAAGUGGUGAUGAUGAACUUGGAUGUUCACCGGAAUCAUGUCCAACGGCAUUUGCAUGUAAUGAUCGUUUGCAUUUGCCUACGGAUCAACCGAGAUGCUAUACAUGGUCGGAACGGUGUAAUGGCAAUGCAUUUUGCGCAAAUCGGUCUGAUGAACGCUUUUGUUCGAAUUGGUGGUGUAAUUCCAACAAUGGAACAUUUCUAUGCAAAAAUCUCAACUGUAUCUACGAAACUUGGGUCUGUGAUGGUACGGAUGAUUGUGGUGAUCAUUCUGAUGAAGUCAAUUGUCCAUCGCGUGUGCCACGUCGUAUCGUUACAGCUGCAGUCAUUGGUGCAACCAUUUGUUCAACUUUAUUCAUUAUUGCACUUGGGUGUACAUGUAAAUUAUUUCAUUUACGUACGGCUGAACGACGAGCGACGUCUCGUUUAUUAAAUCCUCAACGUUAUAUUGAACAACGUCGUCAGCAAAUUCAGCGUGAACAGCAACGACGUUUGAAUCAACAGAAUCAUUCUCAAACUUCAGAUAGAUCAACGGCAGUUGACAAUUCAUUGGAAAUAUCCAAUGAAGCACGACGAAUAGCACCGCCAUCCUACAAUCAAACGAUGGGCCUUAUGGAUGAAAACGAAGAACGCCACGCUGCUCUUGCUGAACACCUACGCUUAGCUGGUCUAGCCAAUUACAUCAUACCAACACCUUUAUCUAACAGUUCAAGAACAUCACGAUCAGCAUCAAGACAUCGACACCGACGACAUCGAAGACAUCGGCAUCACCACCAUCACCAUCAUCACCAUCGGCGUGCUCAUAGUGAAGGUUCUCGUGUGGCAUUAUUAGAACCAAAUGUCAUCGUUCCGAAUAAUGCAUUUCCUGCAUCUUCCACCUCAUUUUCUUUUAAUCGUUUACGUUCACAUCUUCGUUCGUUAUUUACAACGAUCAGCAAUGACCGACAUAACAGUAUUCAAACAAACUCAAAUUCCAAUCAAUCUGAUGUCUAUGAACGUCAUAAUCCAUCGACUUCUCACCGAAAUCCAUCUCUUGCUCUUUCGGCUCGUCCAUUUGUAAAUUCUGACUUUAUCCAACCGCGAGAACUUCCACCGCCUUACACCGAAGAACAAUUAAUGUCAUUGAAUCCAUCAUUAACUUCGUUGACAACUUCGACGACAGUACCACCAACAAGCACCAGUCGUCGCAGUAGCAACAGUGGUAGUGAUAUUGAAUCAAACAAUCGAUCGACUUCGACGUCAUCGAUGUAUCGUAUUCGUAAACGACAGAUCCCUAUGAAUACACUGCGUGAUCGAAUGAGACAAUUCAUAUCAGGAACAUCAGCAGUGCGUUUAACCACAGACGAUUUGAGUCAUCCGAUGCAACCAGCAACAACGACGACUAUUGAUAUUGAUUUAGUAGAACAACCACCAGUUGCAACUCUCAAAGAUGAUGAACCACAGAGUAGCGAUGAUGACAAAAUACUAACAUCUUAG